CCAAAUGUUGUCGCCAAAACCACAAUUUUAAAAUUGAUCAAAACUGUGUUUUUUCACUGAUUUUGCAGGAUAUUAGCAAUUGAAAUUUCAUAAAAAACAUAAAUCUUUCAUUUUAAAUUCGUUUUCUUGAGUAAAAUUAAUCCUAACAGUGGUUUAAGACUAGCAUAACAAUUGGUACACCUAUAUCACAACAAUUGGUGCAUCGGAGAGGUACAAACUCGUUCAUGGUUGGUACAGUUACCGUACUUGAAUUCAAGUAACGAUGACGGCUGUUCAACGACCACAAUUCCAGCAAAGAAUGCACAAAGUAUAAAUACUGCAACUAUGGAAAAUAACAAUAAUCAAGGGGCAAUAUCGAAGGAAGUGAUGUUACCUUCUCCGGUGCUACAGUUCCACGACACAAACAAUACGGCGCCACACGUGGAGGACACUAAUAAACACCAAGGAAGAACACGAUCAUUUCCACAUGAACGCGGCAUCUGGGCCAGUUAUGUAUUCAUAGACUAUAGUGAUGCUGAUGGUUGGAUUGAACUGCAGAACGAAUGCAAAACCUUGCUAAACACUACUGCUACACUCGACUUCGUCGCAAUCGAACGAAUGCAUCUGAGCCUUACGAAGACCUUUACCAUCCGGCACCACAACAUCAGUCCGUUUGUGGAAAACCUGCGAGAGCAGUUAGUCGGUCAUCGACGAUUUCGACUUGAGUUUUCCGGCUUAGAGGUGUACGUCAAUGAGGAACGCACGCGAACUUUUGUGGGAGUACGUGUGGCUGAGGAAUCUUACAGUCCUCUCAAUGAACUCGUCGCCAGCGUAGAUGAGUGUUUGGCCGAGUACAAGUUGCCGCUGUUUUACGUGGAUCGGUCAUUUCACGUGAGCAUCCUAUGGUGCCUGGGCGAUCGAGAAUCGGAAGUUCGAAAGGAGUUACCUGCGAUUUCCACCAUGUUUGAGCGAGUGUACGAGGAAGAAUACUGUGACAUUAGUCAGCAAGUGAAGAAACUAUGGUUUAAAUGUGGAAAUAAAAUGUUUAAUUUUGAUCUUAUUUAAUUUCACCGCGAAGCAGUAGAAUGGAAGUGCCUUAAUAUGCCCAGCUGGAAGAAAAACGAAAAAAUAGUGUAGAAUACAGCACAACGACUCGGGACGUUGCUGGCCCGCAAGAGAUACACUUACAGCUUCA